GACAGUUAGCUUCACGUUUAUAAAAUUCUGCAGAUAUUAAAAGGAUGAUCAAAUACCUUUUCCUGAUGAAUCGCCAGGGCAGACUCAGGCUGGCGAAGUGGUAUAUCACGGCUUCUAGAAAAGAGAGGGCUACCAUACUCCGUGACGUCACACAAGCAACGUUAGGGCGGUCACUUCGGAUGUCAAACGUCAUCGAGAUACAUGGCAAAAAAUUCAUUUGUCGUCGAUAUGCCUCGCUAUACUUUAUCGCUGGUGUGGAUCAUGGUGAUAAUGAAUUAAUCACACUCGAGAUCAUACACCACUUUGUCGAAGUACUUGAUAGAUACUUUGAGAACGUUUGUGAGUUGGACUUGAUUUACAACUUCCAUCGUUCCUUCUUUUUGCUCGACGAGGUCAUCCUAGCGGGAGAGCUACAAGAAAGCAGUAAGCGAAGUAUCCUCAAGUAUAUCCAUACACAUGAUACAGUUGCAGACGAGAGCGAGGGGGGUCACAUAAGUACCUCCGUCAGCACCCAAAUCGCGCAUAUAUUUAGAAAUCUUUAGUUGGCAAUUUA